AUGAGCUGUCUCGAUUUGUCGCGACCCAUGGUCGACUACAAGAUGAACGGAAGCAGCGACGAAGGCGAGUCGACGUCCGGCACGCCGGUCGGAGGUGGCAGCGGAAUCGGCGAGAACACGGAAAUGGAUGAAAACGGGUCGAUCCGCAGCGGCGGUAGCAACACCGCUGCCAGCAAUCCGGUCUACAGAGACCUGAAGGCACUUCACGCGACCAGCGCCCACGACGUGCCGCAGGAUUACAAUCCGCAAUCGAGGCCGGCUUAUCAGCGGGGCUACUCACCUGCCAUGGACAAACAGCAGAGCUACGAGAAGGAACAGCAGCACAACAGGCCACCGUCGUCCAGGGACGAGGAGAAGGCCUCGUGGGACUACAGCGACAAGAACCUCGAUCGAAAGGAGUACUCGAGAUCGCGGGAUCCGUAUAGGAACGAAUCGUACCAGGACAUGGUGGUGAAGCAGGAGCAGAAAGAGCAAACGAGUCACGAGUGGGUGUCACCUGUGCCGGAGGUGGAGGUGGGAGGCACGUCGCCCGGCGGUCCUCAGGUGCGAGCGCGAAAGGACAUUCCACGGGGCGCGAGGUUCGGCCCGUUCCUCGGGAAAUGGGCGAGCGAGCCUUUCAACCCCCGUUACGCGUGGGAGGUUCGUACCUCCGGGAGCGGAGUAAGGGGUUGGUUGGACGCGUCCCACGAAACGAAUAAUUGGCUGAAAUAUGUACGCAGCACCAGCAGUCCGCACGCUGUUAAUAUGCGCCACGUGCUCAUCGGUGGACAGAUGGUGUACGAGGCGGUGCGGGGCAUAGCGGCCGGUGAAGAGCUUCUUCUCGGCGUUCGAGAACCUCUUCAGCUACAGGACAUGCUCGGCGAGAAUACGACCGAGGACAGAAGCGACCGAGAGACCGCUUCGCAACACAGCGGAACCAUCGACGAGGAUAAAGAGGACGAGGAAGAAGGAGAGACCAGGUGCCCAGUCUGCGACAAACCGUUCCAAGACAUCGAGCUGCUAGACAACCAUCUGGUAACCUGUCACAGAUACCCGGCGGAACAGCACCUUUGCGACAGCUGUCCCCGCGCCUACGCCUGGCGACCGCUUCUGGUACGUCACCGCGCGAUCGUGCACGGUGAUCUCCGCAACUAUCCCUGCGAGAACUGUCCGAAGUCGGACAAUCCUCAGGUCUUCACCGAUCCGUCGAACCUGCAGCGUCACAUCCGAACGCAUCACGUGGGCGCGAGGAGUCACGCGUGCACCGAGUGCGGGAAAACGUUCGCGACCAGUUCCGGCUUGAAACAGCACACCCACAUACACAGCAGCGUGAAACCGUUCCAGUGCGAGGUCUGCUUCAAGGCGUACACGCAGUUCUCGAACUUAUGCCGGCAUAAACGCAUGCACGCGGAUUGUCGUAUGCAGAUCAAGUGCGUUAAAUGCGGACAGUCUUUCAGCACGGUCACGUCCUUGUCGAAGCACAAGAGAUUCUGCGAUUCAACGCCGCCGACCGGUCCGCCCGGCGCCAUGUCGCAGUUACCAACCUCCGGGCCAAGCCCUUUCCUGGUGUAUCCCCGACCACCAGUCGGUCUCCCGGGUGGUUUACCCUUUUAUCCGCCCAGUCUGAUGGCUCCCUAUCCAGGCAUCUUUCCGAACGCCCCGAAUUUUCUGAAUACACCGCUGCUGUUUCCAUCCAAGCUCGAGGAAGUCGAGAAACGAAGCGUCAGUCCGAAGAAAGAACGUUUCACCCCACCGAGGGUAUUGCCGCAACACAGCAAAGUGUCUCCAUCCACCGCGGAGGAAGCCACCUCCUCGUUCAGGCCCUCACCUGCCAGACCACCUGUCCAGCCGACACCGGAGAGCGACGAUGAUCCCGCGAAGAAACGCGAGAUCGGCAGAACCAACGAGAAGAAGAUAGAUUCCGAGAUGGUCUCGUCGACCACGAACGAGGAAACCACGGAUCAGCCUCUGGAUCUUAGAGUUCAAACGAGAAAGCAGGAAAUGAACCCGAGCGUCGCCGAGAGGAAGAGACACAGUCCUUCGCCCGUUCCAGCACCGUUGGACGAUGUUCCACCCCCUCUAGACACCUCGAAACACGAAGAGGACACAUCCACGCCGAUGGAAGUCGAAGCUAAAGAUCUGCCCUGCAGUUCGCACAUAAGAACCAGUCUAUCCGCCGAACGGCCACCUGCCAAUACACCACCGCAUAUGGCUUACCCGAGACCGAUCCAUCCUAUGUUUCUGGAGGCGAUGUAUCGCGGACCAACCGGUACCUUUCCAGGUUUUCCAGGUGGCCCACCGCCUCCCGGGGGCGCCACACCGGAAUCCAGGCUGCUACCAGCGUUACCGCCGUUCGGACCACCCCGGGGACUUCCUUUUUUAGGGACCCUUAUGAACGGACUCAGCGGCGCAAGGCCAGGAGGAUUCGAUCUGCUUGCCAGACCGCCGCUUGGACCAUUCCCCGGCGUGAAACCGUUCCAAGAGGCCGUGAUCGCGCCGCACCACCAUCAUCAUCAUCAUCACGCUCAUGGCAAGAUGAAGGACCGUUACUCCUGCAAAUUCUGCGGUAAAGUGUUCCCCAGGUCGGCGAAUCUGACCAGACACCUGCGCACGCACACCGGCGAGCAACCGUACAAAUGCAAAUACUGCGAGAGAUCGUUCAGCAUCUCUAGCAAUCUUCAGAGACACGUCCGGAACAUCCAUGACAAACAGAGACCGUUCAAGUGUCCCCUCUGCGAGCGAUGCUUCGGGCAACAGACCAAUCUCGACCGACAUUUGAAGAAGCACGAGGCUGACGACGGUAGUGGCGUCGUUUCGGUGGCCGAUUCGCCGGGUAGCAGCAACGAGAACGAACGGGAGGACACGUAUUUCGACGAGAUCCGCUCGUUCAUGGGGAAAGUCACAUACGGCGGCGAAGCCGGCUAUGGACUGCCUCAUCAUCCCGCCUACCUGCCCAGUCGGUUGCAUGAAAUACACGAGUCGAAAAUGGAGACCGAGUACGACGAGGACGAGGAUAGCGAGGAAGGUGUGUCCCCUUUGGACGAAACCGACGGCCUAUCGCCCGUAGGAACCAAGGAAACCACACCACCGCCGUCGCAGUACGAUCUAAAGUUACGAGAAAAGCAAGAACUGCUGAAUAACAACACAGCGGAGCCGGUGAUCGAGAUCUCUACAUAG